AAUUAAAAACCCUAAUAUUUGUCACUUGUGCAAAUAAAUGAAAAACAAUAGAGAGAUAGGAAACACAAUUUCAUAAAAAAAACAAGAAAAAUGAUUUCCACAAGCAACUGGUCUGAUAUAGUCACUGUUUUUCUGUUUGUAUUGUGGUAAUCCUGAUUAAGAGUGUUUGUUUCCAUUCCCUUGAUGAAUAUCAGGCAAAAUAGGAAAGUCCUCAAUCAACAAACCACAGUCCACAGCGCUUAAGCAGUCCCAUUUCAUAUGUUAUUCAGAGUGUUGUUCCUUUUCCUGAUUACAGAGAUUAAUAUCUAUUGAUAUGAUGAAGAAGAAACUUUCCUUCAUUCUGGGUAGUCCUUUUACCUGUUGCGUCCUCCUUCUCGGCCUUUUACUGCCUCCACUUCACACGGAGUGCCUCCAACAUCCGGUCUUUGACGGUGAAGAAUAUCCAGCCUCCCUCCUCAAUCGAAGUAGCUUUCCUCCUGGUUUUACAUUUGGAGCUUCUUCUAGUGCUUACCAAUACGAAGGAGCAACCUUUGCUGAUGGCAGAGGACUAAGCAACUGGGAUGUUUUCGUCAGAGAGCAACCAGAAAAGAUUUUGGAUCAUACUACGGGGGAUGUAGCUGAAGAAUUUUACUAUCGUUAUAAGGAGGACAUCAAGCUGAUGAAGGAAAUCGGUUUGGAUGCCUUUCGAUUCUCUAUUGCAUGGUCGCGUGUAUUGCCUCGGGGGAAAACUGGUUUGGGAAUCAACCAAAAAGGUGUUGAUUUCUACAACGGCCUCAUUGAUGAGCUUCUGCUGAAUGGGAUAGAGCCCCAAGCAACCUUGAUGCAUUGGGAUCUUCCGCAGUAUCUUGAAGAUGAAUACGGCGGAUUCCUCAGCUCGAAGAUUGUGGGUGAUUUUCGGGAAUAUGCGGAUUUUUGCUUUAAAGAAUUUGGUGAUAGAGUGAAGAACUGGAUCACUGUGAAUGAACCGAAUUCAAUUGCUGAUAAGGGGUAUGUCCAAGGCAAUAACUCUCCUGGUCGAUGUUCUAGCUAUAUGGGUAGUUGCACAGAUGGGAACUCCGCCACAGAGCCAUACAUUGUGGUCCACAACAUCCUUCUUUCUCAUGCAGCUGCUGCAAAUGUGUACAGUGAGAAGUAUAAGGCUUCUCAAAAUGGAAUGGUUGGUAUAACAAUGUCGACCAGAUGGUAUGUCCCCAAAUACCCAACAAAGGCAUGCAAAGAAGCUGCCUCCAGAGCUCUGGACUUUGGCUUUGCAUGGAUGGCUCGUCCUGUGGUAUAUGGUGAGUAUCCCGAGUCCAUGAAAGCUCUGGUUGGAGAUAGGCUGCCCAAAUUCACAGAAGAACAAAAGCAGAUGCUUAAAGGGUCUGUUGAUUUCCUUGGAGUGAAUUACUAUUCAGCUUAUUAUGCAGAAGAUGCCUCAUCCUCGACUAUCAACCCAAGUUACACAACGGAUAGCCAAGUCAAUAUAACGAUGCACAAAAAUGGAAUUCCCAUUGGUCAGCCGACUGCUUGUGACUGGCUCUAUAUUUAUCCGGAAGGAAUGCUUGAAAUUUUGGUAUAUGUGAAGGAAGAGUACAAUGUUCCAGUCUUCCUGACUGAAAAUGGGGUGGCCGAUCUCAGCAACAACUCAUUGCCUCUUAAUGAUGCACUGGAUGAUGAGUUGAGGAUCAAAUUCCACUUCCUUCAUCUAAAAUAUCUGUUGGAAUCUGUCAAGGCGGGAGUUGAUGUAAGGGGCUACAGUUUGUGGUCAUUCCUUGAUAAUUUUGAGUGGGAGCUUGGCUACACAGUGCGUUUCGGAAUUACAUUCGUAGACUUUCAGGACAAUUUGAAGAGAUAUCCUAAACGCUCGGCCCUUUGGUUCAGAAAUUUCUUACAGAAGCAGAGUGCAACAUCUGCUACUGCAACUCCCCUGUUGUACUCUAGUCAAUAACUUACCAUGAACCGUUCACACGACACAUACAUCGCAGCUCAUGUUGUGCAUUUGCAUCUUAUUUAGUACGCUCUUAACCAUCAUAUUGGAACGUGUAAAGAUCAGCUUCUAGCAUUCAUGUCAGUGAUCAUGAGUCUAAAAAGGAAUCAUUUUCAGGUUUCACAGUACUCUCUUUUACAGCCAUCAGCCUGCUGUGAAUACAAAGGCUACUGUAAAAUCUAACAAGAGAUCAGACAAAAUUGAUUCCAAAAGUCAACACAACUAUAACACGAGUGGUUUCUUAGAUAACAUGACAUAAUGGUACUAUUUUUAUACUUCCUCAUCUCUGUCUAUCAGCAAACACAAAUAAAUAUAGUGAUGGCCUAAUAUCGAUACAACUCAGACAAUGGCAUUGGCAGCACUAGCGAUUCUCGGCCAUAGAUCAGCACAUUCCUUUCCAAUUGGCCCAGUAAUAGCAGAUCCUGCAGAUCAACAAAGGUAUGGUGAAGUUUAUAUCAGAAGCUGCCGGAAAUGUACAUCAUUCACAAUCUUGUGAAGAGUGAAUUCAACACUCAUCAUCAAAUGAGUUCAAGAGACCAACCAUGCAUAUGGUACUACGGAUAUGGGAGUAAGAUGAGCAACCACAUUCAUUCACUACAGUUAUUAUGGUAACCUAUUCCAGAGCUUAAAACAAAAUCAUCUAAGCAGGAAUGCCCAAUGGGCGAGCAAAGACAAUGCUAAUAGAAGAUUCACCAGGAGAUGAAUCAGAAUCUGUGAAGACAAUGCUAAUAAAGCACAGUAGUAAACAGAAAGUUAGUAGUUGUUUUACCCUUCAUUUCUCCUUUGGGGUUCACAAUCACUCCAGCAUUAUCUGCAAGUGUGCAAAAGGUGCAAUUUUAGGGGCCAUUAUGUUGAAUAUAUAUGAAAUAGAAGGGCGAAAUGAAACCAUUGAGCAUGCGGCAAGAGCAGAGAAAAAACCCUAAAUACUGUAACAAACAAUAGAAAUCCUUUCACAUUAUCAAUUUAAUAGAAGCCAAAUAGACCGAUCUAAGGCACUACCAAACUCAAUUCAUUACUCAUCUACAAGAAAUCCAGGCACAUCCA